AUGGGCAUGUCAACCCGCGACCAGGCCGUGGCGGCGCGCAACGCCAGCCGGCAGCUCCAGAACCUCAGCAGCGAGGAUCGCGCCGCGCUGCUGUACGCGAUCGCCGACGCCCUCGAGGCCAACGAGGACGCCAUCAUGCGCGAGAACGAGAAGGACAUCGCCGCCGCCGAGGCUGCCGACACCGAGUCGCACCUCCUCAACAGGCUCAAGAUGAAGCCCGGGAAGAUCGCGCAGCUCGCGGCGGGCGCCAGACAGAUUGCCGACAUGGAGGAGCCGCUCGGCCGCCAGCUCAGCAAGAUGAAGGUGGCGGACGGACUCACCCUCGAGCAGGUCACCGCGCCCCUCGGAGUCCUCCUCAUCAUCUUCGAGUCCAGGCCCGACGCCCUCCCGCAGAUCGCCUCCCUCGCCAUCCGAUCCGGCAACGGCCUCCUCCUCAAGGGUGGCAAGGAGGCGGCCAAGACCAACGCCAUCCUCCACCAGAUCAUCGUCGACUGCAUGCCCGCCUUUGGCGUCGACCGCGAGUGCAUCGUCCUCGUCGAGGGUCGCGAAGCCGUCUCGGAUAUCCUCGCGCUGCACGACGUCGUGGACCUCGUCAUCCCCCGCGGGUCCAACUCGCUCGUCUCCUACAUCAGCAACAACACCAAGAUCCCGGUGCUGGGCCACGCGGACGGCGUGUGCCACAUGUACUUGGACCCAAACGCCGACGUGAAAAUGGCGGCUAAGCUUGCGGUUGAUUCCAAAACCGACUACCCGGCGGCUUGCAACGCGCUCGAGACCCUGCUCGUGCACAAAUCCCUGAUCGGCAAGGGUAAGGACGGGUACGAGACCGUCGCCGCGGCGCUCGUGGCGGCCGGGUGCACGCUGCACGGCGGUGCGCGCGCGGAGAAGGCGCUCAAGCUCCCGGCGUGCCCGGCGCCCCGACACGAGUACGGGAACCUGGGCCUCACCGUCGAGAUCGUGGACGACAUGGACCAGGCGAUCGACUACAUCCACGCCAACGGGAGCGGGCACACCGAGUGCAUCAUCACGAACGACAAGGCGGCCGCCGAGGAGUUCCUGAGACGGGUCGACAGCGCGUGCGUAUUUCACAACGCGUCCACCAGAUUUUCCGACGGUUUCAGGUUCGGACUGGGCGCCGAGGUGGGCAUCUCCACGAGCCGCAUCCACGCGCGCGGGCCUGUCGGCGUCGAGGGCCUCCUGACCACGAGGUGGCUGUGCCGCGGCGACGGGCACUUCGUCGAGAAGGACACGGGCGUCAAGUACACGCACCAGAAGCUGCCGUUGGACGCGAACCUGGCGCACAAGGUGGCGUCGGGCCUUGGAUGGGCCGUCGGGAUCGCCAACGCGGUUCACCUCGGGCUCAUGCUGUGGAAGAUGGCGACGAAGAAGUGA